AUGUCAUCCCCCGCAGCCGCCCCCGACAAGGAGACUUUGAAACUUCUCCUCCCCCUCCGCUAUGACGGCAAAACCGUCAUCGAAUGCGACAGGUUCCUGUCGCAACUUCGUAUCUACUGGUUGAUCAACACGUCGUUGACGACCAUUGAGCUUAAGGUACAAGUUGCGCUAGGCCUGCUCGAUGGCGACGCCCGCGCCUGGGCCACGCCUUACUUUGCCCAACUCGCAUCAGUGCAGAUGGGUGUGCAAGGGGUUACAACCCCCUUCAGGAACGAAGCGGCCUUCACCGCUGCCUUCAAGGCUCGCUUCGGCAAUCUCGACAAUGCGGCAGCAGCCCAGGUAGAGCUGGCGAAGCUCUGCGCGGACAAGUCGGUCCGCGAAAAACGCACUGCGGCGGAGUUCUCUGCACUGUUCAAGGGUCCGGCGGACCGUUCCGGGUAUGGGGACCUGGAACUACGCGACAAGUACCUGAGCGGUAUCCCCUCCUGCGUAUAUCGCAAGAUCGAGCUCAAGACCUUCACCACGUGGCGAGCCGCUGAAAAGCGAGCCACUGAGGUCGAGCAGAUCCUCGACAUCAGCCGGGCCUGUCGGCCCGACUUCGGCCAGCAUCAAUGCGGCCGUCGGAAAAGGAGACUUUCCCGGCACAUGUUUUGGCUGCGGGAAGCAAGGGUACCGUCGUUUUGA